GGAGUCUGUGGUAAGGGCUGCACCAUACAACGAUACACUCCAAUUUUUAUUUUUACUUUUUUCUGUUGAAAGAUACUUGAAAUUAAAGCAUGGCGGCUAAUAAAACGCUGAAGCACACGGAAUCUGUUUCUCAUCUCUAUCCCAUUACUCAUUUGAGGCUCCUCUCUUGCAAAUCUUUCUAUUUUCUUCUCAAUCACUUUCUUUCUUCUUUUCAAUAGUAAAAUUAACUGCAAUCAUUAUUUUUCCUAAUUUAUUGUUUUGAAUGAUCAAUUCAAAUAUAUUGUGAAAUUCACUUUGGUAAGUCUUUCAUUUUCAUUUCCUAUUAUUAUUAAUUUAUUGUUAUUGGUAUCUCGUGUCAUCAUUGUUGAUUAUAAUAUUCUGAUUGUUGUUAGUGCUCUGUUUGAUGAUUGCCAAAGAAUCUUUCACAAAAUUGAAAGGAAGAAACACUAAAAAAUAGAGAUCGUGUUUUCGUUUCUGAGCUGGAAACAACUGAACUCUGGUGUGACUAUUCGAUUCAAUCUCAAUUUUUUAACAUUUUAAAAAUUUUUUAUUCGGUUUUUAUUCGAAUUAUCUCUUUCUUUUUUGCUAUGUUUAAAUUUUUUUUAGUAUGGGUGUUUUGGAACGUUUGUUCUGUCGUGUUUGUUUAUUGAUAGAAGUAAUAUGUUAUUGAGGUGGGAAUGUCGAAGUGGGGGUGCAAGAUUCGUAUGCUGUAAAGCUUAAUUUUUAGUUGCCAGCAAUUCAAAAUUGUUGUAAAAAUAGUAAGUAGCAUUUUAAUUUUAAGCCUUUGAUGAUGUGUUUGGGCCUUGAAAUGGGGUAGCUUAUCCAUGGUUUUUAGCAAUUUUGUAGAAAAAGAAAAAAGAUCGCAAGUGUUGUGUUUUGCCUGAUGAAAAUAUUUUUUUUCUGAACUGAACUUCUUAUGGUGUUGAAGAGUUUGGUUUGGAUAUAAUGAGUUAUUUGUCCCUUCUUGAUGUUAAUUGAUUUAGUGUGCUUUGAUUGUUUAGCAUAGCUUUCACUGUUGCUGGAAGAGAUGGUUGCUUUUGGGAAAAAGUUGAAAGACAGACAAAUUCAAGAAUGGCAAGGAUAUUACAUAAACUACAAACUUAUGAAGAAACGAGUCAGACAAUAUGCCCAGCAAAUUCAACUUGGAACACAAGAUCGGCGGCAUGUACUCAAGGAUUUCUCGCGAAUGCUGGAUAAUCAGAUUGAGAAGAUUGUCCUUUUCCUGUUGGAGCAACAAGGGCUCUUGGCAAGCAGGAUAGCAAAGCUUGGAGAGCAGCGUGAUUCUCUUCAGGAGGAGCCUGAAAUAAACAAAAUAAUUGAACUACGAGAAGCAUAUAGAGCAGUGGGACAAGAUCUAUUAAAGCUUCUCUUUUUUGUAGAGAUCAAUGCUGUUGGUUUGCGUAAGAUAUUGAAAAAGUUUGAUAAACGCUUUGGCUAUAGAUUCACAGAUUACUAUGUCAAAACUCGUGCUAACCAUCCUUAUUCCCAGCUGCAACAAGUGUUCAAGCAUGUGGGAUUAGGAGCUGUUGUGGGAGCCUUAUCUCGUAAUCUCCAUGAUCUUCAGGACCGUCAAGGAAGCUACUUAUCAAUCUAUGAUCAGCCCUCUCUUCCUCUCCAGGAUCCGGUCGUUGAUUCGAUAAACGCAGCUGUUGAUAGGUUAACCAACUCAACAAACUUCCUUAACUUUCUUGGGCAACAUGCACUCAUUAUGCAGGAAGAGCUGCCUACUCCUACUGAAGAACAUGUUGACAAUCAAAGAUACCAUUUUAUGUCACUUCUCCUGAACUUGGCAAACACCUUUUUGUAUAUGGUCAAUACUUAUAUUAUUGUCCCUACAGCAGAUGAUUACUCUAUGAGCCUUGGGGCUGCACCAACAGUUUGUGGGAUUGUGAUUGGGGCAAUGGCUGUCGCACAAGUGUUUUCAUCUGUGUAUUUUAGUGCAUGGUCAAACAAAUCAUACUUCAGGCCUCUUGUAUUCAGUAGUAUAGUUCUUUUUCUUGGAAAUGUCUUGUAUGCCUUGGCAUAUGAUGCUAAAUCAAUAUGGAUUCUCUUACUUGGUCGCCUUUUCUGUGGAUUCGGUUCUGCCAGAGCUGUUAACCGACGUUAUAUCAGUGAUUGUGUGCCAUUAAAAAUCCGCAUGCAAGCAUCAGCAGGUUUUGUUAGUGCUAGUGCUCUUGGAAUGGCUUGUGGUCCUGCAUUAGCUGGCAUACUGCAAACUAAAUUUAAGAUUUACAAGCUUACCUUCAAUCAGAAUACCUUGCCUGGGUGGGUUAUGGCUGUAGCUUGGCUGAUAUAUCUAAUAUGGUUGUGGAUCACUUUUAAGGAACCUUCUCAUGAAGUUGAAGAAAAUCAUGCACCGCAUCAAUCAAAUGAUGAAGCAAACAGUGCACUUGAAAAAGGCCUAAAACAACCAUUGCUAAUUAGUUCAGAGGAUGGGGUGGAUGAAGAUGCUGACCAAGAUUAUGAUGAUAGCGAAGAAGCUCUAGAGGAAUCUCGCCAACCAGCCAAUUCAAUGGCAUCAGCAUACAGACUCCUUACCCCUUCCGUAAAGGUUCAGUUAUUGAUAUAUUUCAUGCUCAAAUAUGCAAUGGAGAUUUUGCUAUCGGAAUCUAGUGUCAUCACAACCUACUACUUCAACUGGUCAACAAGCACAGUUGCAGUUUUUCUUGCUUGCCUUGGCUUGACAGUUCUUCCUGUAAACAUUGUUGUUGGAAGCUAUAUAAGCAACUUGUUUGAGGACAGGCAAAUUCUGUUGGCAUCAGAAAUUAUGGUUUUACUAGGCGUUCUACUGAGUUUCCAUAUAAUCAUUCCCUAUUCUGAGCCACAAUACAUCUUUUCGGGUCUCCUUUUAUUUGUUUCUGCAGAAGUACUCGAAGGUGUCAACUUGUCGCUGCUGUCGCGAGUAAUGUCAUCAAGGCUUUCGCGUGGAACCUAUAAUGGUGGUCUACUUUCGACUGAGGCUGGCACAGUUGCUAGAGUGGUUGCUGAUGCAACUAUUACCCUGGCUGGAUUUGUUGGUGAGAGUAGGCUCCUUAAUGUGACCCUGCUUCCUUCACUCUUAAUCUGCAUAUCCUCCAUCAUAGCAACUUGCUGUACCUACAAUUCUUUAUAUUAAAAUGGGAGGAGGCGAAUAUGCUCUUCAACAAGACCUCAGUCUCCUUACCAAUUGGCUCUGCAUUCUUUCUACAUUCAAUAUUUUUGAUCAAUCAAGUCUUCAACGGCUCCAAAAAGUUGGAAAAGUAGCUAGGUUUAUCACGGUAGGAUGUCCAAAUGUGAAUUCUUAGUGGAAUGGAUUCAUCAAUUAUCAUUUCUUUUUGCUGUAAAGAUUGUCUACUAAUAACAAAAUGAAAUGUCUUUGGCAAAAGGAUAGAACUUAAGCACAGUACCAAAGGUGUUUCUGGUAUCUUUUUUUAAUUAAAAUUGGAGUUUUGCAUUAAUAUUAAGUACCAAUCUUUAAUACUUGGAUUACUAAUGUAAAUGUCUACUUUUAGUUGAAGAACAGCGUUAAAAACU